ACAGCAGGUUGGAACCCGGUUAGAGCAGAGGCAGAGCGUGAGGGAGAGCAGGGAGUGGGGGUCUGUAAACACGGCGGAAGUGUUCCUCCAGGCACUAGGGGAGACAUUGAAGCCUUUAUUCGGGACACCCAGUGGUGGUCGGUACCGUUUUCCGCGAGGUACCCUCUUUCAACCACCUUGGAAACCUUCCAAAUAUCUGGCCAUUGUUUUUUUUCAGACAACCGCAAACAUGUAGAAUACAAUGCCUUUUUAUUUAUUCAUGUUAAACCUAUUUAGCCAGCUUUAAUUUGCCUUUUUUUAUUUGGAAGCCUAUGCGUGGGACUGUUUUGUUCGAUCAAUCCAGCUGAACACACACUUUACAAAUAGUUAUUGUGUAGGCCUGUCCUAUGAGGGAGUCUUCUCCACUGACGGUCUACUCUCCGGCUGUGGAAGUAAGGAGCUCAGGGCUGUAAUCCCCGGAUGAAACCAUCAUGGCUGCCGUUCGCUGAGCUGUCAAGCUCUCUACAAAAGAAAGAUAGCUGAUUAGAAAUGGAUUUGGCAGACAUGUGUGCGGCUUUAUCUUCAGGAGACGAUAAUCAGCUUGUCAAGAAGAAAAGAGAUUGGCACAAACGACUUCGCCUCAGGAAGACGGCCGUGCAGCCCCCGACAAUGCAAGGUCGAGAUAAGGCCGGACCAAAGAAGAUAGCAAAGCGGCGGGAGCCAAACGCAGACUGUCCUCCGUCGAAUGGGCCCCUCGACAAGGCGAAACGGGGGCAACAUAAGGCUCACAACAGUCCCAGUAUGCUCAGGUUCAAAUGUUCACGGUGCAACGACCAAUCAGAGUUUGUUCCCAAAGAACUCGCAAGACACUUUCAGGAAAAGCACAGGGGAAAUCAGCCCGAUUUCUCUUGUCAUGUUUGUUCUUUUAAAGCACACGAAUUCUCCUCUCUUCAGGUCCAUUUGUUAAGCCACAAGGACACUUUUCCGAGCUGCAACAUUUGUAAAGACAAUGUACAGCGAACGCUGCCGGAGUACUGCUCACAUCUGACCUCUUGUCACUGCCAAAAGGGCAGGUUUUCAUGUGAACUGUGCGAUAAGUUCUCCACCCGUGAAGUGCAUGCGUUUUUACAGCAUAUGCAUCUUCACGACUUGCCUAUGGAAGAAAGGGGUGAAUUGGACCUUUCCCUUCACACAACAGACUUUAUGAAACCAGUCAGAUCUAAAGCAGCCGAUCCAGGCCUUCAGUGUCAGCACUGUGGCUACAGGGGGCCCAGUAAACGCCUGAUCACUAAGCACAUGAACACUGUCCAUGCGGGCGAGACGGCGGACCACAACAUGAAGGAGCUCCACCGUAUUACAAACAGUCCACACCCGUCGGCUCCUAAGAUGAGGAACAGAGUGACCCGGAACACCGCCAGGGACAUGCGCUGGUUGUCCAGAGACUGCCUCUCCAUGCCCGGUAGAGAGUUCCUGGACAAAUACUGCAGCCUAUCGAGUCCAGAGAGAACGCUGGAGGAGACUCAACAGUUUUUGGUCAGGUCCGCAGUUGGAGGGACGGACGGCCAGAAGUGGACCAAAGCUCUCCAGAGUGUGCUGUCGAGUUUCCCUCAGGACUUAAACAUGCAUCCGAAGCUAGAGAACGCUAUGAUGUCCAACAGCAGCAAGGACCUCAAUGUCCUCAUGGUCAAAAAUAAGCUAAAGGUUCCCCAGAACUCUGGCUCCUACGUUAAAAAGACUACGCCUCCAGAAAAGAUAGAAACCUCUCCCUCGGGGAGUGCCCACCUCGACACUAAUUGUGUAGUCGACCCAAACAGAGGUCAACCUCAAUUAGGCAAUGACCAAACCCACUGCCCAGGAACUGAAAAUAAUAUCAACGAGGAUCCUUCCAUCGCGGCCAUGCCAGAGUCUGCUGCGGGCCCUCCCAUUCAGGAAAACCGAGAGAAUCAGGAAUCGAGGCUCCACCAAAAUGUGGAGGAACACAGUAGAAAUGGCAAGGAGAUCAAAUGUGAUCAUUCCUGUGAGGAUGGACUCAAUGCCGCCAAAGAGCCAAAGACGGCCAACAAGCGAGAUACCCGAAUGCCGGCCCAACGUAAAUAUAGGGGCAGAAGAGGUGGCCGCACGGAAAAGAGCAGACCAAAGGCGCUGGAGAAACAGCUGCAAGGCCUUGGUCUGAAGCUGGUUCUGAAGAAGGACCCUGUCAAGAACAAGCAGUGGAUGUCACAGAGCCCCCUCCUGCCCCCGGAGGGUUGCCUAGCAGGCGACCGUCAUGGGCUACCACCCUCCCUGCCAGCUGUGGAGCAACAAGUGCAGCCUAUCGUCAACGAGCCAUCGGAAGAAAACUCUAAAGUGAGUCUACAGACUGACCUGCACAGCACCUUGGAGUCCAUCGCGCUGCAGUCCCGGCCACGACCAGGGGAGCUCUUCUCAGUCACACAGGGGCAGUGCUGCGGGAACGGGAACGCUCACAGAAUGGACGUUUCGGUUCCCUCCGAUGGCACCGGGAAGCCAAAGAGUCAGUUUGCCUCGACCAAUGGAUUUGCUGAAAACCUAAAUAUUCCAACUGCCACCCUUGGAGCGUCGGGAGGGAACAACCGAGCCAUGGACCACUCGGUGCUCGGCAGAAAGGAGAGUGGAUCCAUCGACGCCGUGAACCCGCUAAGGAAUAAUGGCGCCAUGUCCCCCCAUGCUGCCAAAGCCUUGGUCCCAUCGCUGGGCCCCCCGGUUCACUCUCCGCCGGAGGACCCCGGCCCCCCGCCCGGCCACACCACGUCCAACGGCCCCCCCGCCGCCGUCAGCGCCCCCCUGUGGCCAGUGGCCCCCAGGGCGGCGGAGCGGACCCUGAGGCUGACCCCCCUCAGCGCGGGCCAGGCGGUGAAGCGGCCGCGCGGCGAGCAGCCCGUGGUGGUGCUGAACCACCCGGACGCCGCGCCCUCCCAGGUGUUCCGGCUCAUGGCGGCGGUCCACAGGCACCGGGGGGCGGUGCAGCGGGUGGUGCUGUCCCGCCGAACGCUGGACUCCAUCUCCCCGGCGGUUCAGGGCGCCGGGGCCGCGGCUCCGCCCUCGGGACCCCCGUCUCCCGCCCCCCCGCCGCCCGCCGCCGCCGCCGCGUGUCGCCCCAGCAGGGUGCGCGAGAGGUUCCUCUUGAGGCUGAGGCUGAGGCGGACCAGCCGGAGGAAGUACCGGGUGGUCCGCGGGGCGGGGGACGCGACGGACCCCGUGGCGGCGUUCCGCUGCUGGUUCUGCGGACGGGGCUUCGGGAGCCGGAGCUCGUGGACCGGCCACCAGCAGCGCCACCUGAUGGAGUGGAGGGCGCCACACUGUGAAGAGACGGACAUGUCGCCCACACUGGAAAAAGUACACUGAAACUUAAUGUGAUGUCGCACGAGAGAGGAGAACUAAGAACGGACGGUGGCUUGUUUUCUUUUCUUUUUCUUUAAGUCUUAAGUACAAACUAGUUACGAGAAGAACUGCAUUGUCAAGCUUCCUAGAGGAUUUGUAUACUCAGGGUCAUUUAAACAUUAGCUUGUUUCCCCACAAGUAGUUUGUGGGUAAAUCUAUUUUUAGAAUUUGUUUAUAAAAUACUGCAGUAGGUUGGGAGUCGAAGUCAUCGGUCUUGGAUCGCCUUUGUUUGGUCGCGGCAAUGGCUUAGAUAUUUAAUCUAUUUACACUGUCUUGCAGGUGAUUUCAUGAAACACUGAUAUGCAAGUGCCAUGCCGCCCGAUCUCUGCCAUGCGGGUCAGCUGUACAUUGUGGUGGCGAGCAUAUUUAUGUAUGUGCACGGGGGACACCGGGCUCCCCAAUUGACUGGGAAAUACCAAAACUAUUUGUUCAUGCUUUUAUUUAUGUUUUAAUUUUUUAAGGUUGUUGGAUUUACUGAAGUUCCAAAGUAUGUUUUUGAUGAUAGAAUAUCUGUUGAUGGUAAAUUGUCCAAAGAAUACGAUGUCUAAAAAUCGAACCUGUGUUAUAUAGUGUCAAUGAGUAAAUAGAAAAUAUUUGGCUUUGAUAUCUGGAUUUUAAACACAUAGUUGUUGAUCAUUAUAAGUUCGAUUUUUUUUUUAACUUGAAAUAAAACAAGACAAAAAAAAAAUUGCACUAUGGGAGAUUUUCCCAUUACCUCACCUUUUAUAAGGCCUAUGACAAUCUCAGCCUCAGUGUCCAUCUGCUGUAUAAUAAUCCUCCUGCAGGAAAAGAUAAUUCAGCCAAGGACCAUUGGACAAAUUUAACUCAAACCAUGAAGCCCAGCAGAUGAGCGAAUGCUCAAAAAAAACAUUGACAAUGUGAUAUAUUUGUACAUGUAUAUUUUUUGGGUUACAAAGGAUCUAUAAUUGUACAUACAUUCUGAGAGGUACUGUACAAAAUAUUUACCUGAGAAUUUUCUGUCACCAAGUGCCUAGUAUUUUUAUUUAAUUUGCUAUGCAUUCAAUCUGCAUACGAAUUACAGCAUUACAUUUUAAACCCCAUAAUAAAUGGACAUAGUUUGUGAA